GACGCCGGACGGCCUGCUGACGCCACAACGCAACUAUGAGUUCAUCAGGAGGCGGGAGACCGCCCAGGCCUUCGUGCAGGCGGAGGUUUGCGCAUGAAUGAGAACAUGGCGCCCGGGUCGUGUGCGCGCACACGUUCAGCCUGGGACGCGACGGGAGGGGUCACACGGAAGUAUCUGUGAGGAAACCGCCGGCCCCGCCGGCCCCCAGCAUCCCAGAAAGCGCUCCACCCUCUCCAGAAAUGCCCCGGAAGUGCUUCUGCCCUCAGUAAAGAUGGCCACAGCGCUGGCUAUGAGGAGGCGGGGCUGCGUCUGCGCAACAAGUUAGGCGGAGAAGAUGGCGGAUGACAAGGAUUCUGUAUCCAAGCUUAAGGACCUGACAUUCCUCAAAAACCAGCUGGAAAGCCUACAGCGACGUGUGGAAAGUGAGGUCAACAGUGGCGUGAGUCAGGAUGGCUCACUCUUGUCCUCCCCAUUCCUCAAGGGAUUCCUGGCUGGCUAUGUGGUAGCCAAACUGAGGGCGUCAGCCGUAUUGGGCUUUGUUGUGGGCACCUGCACUGGCAUCUACACAGCUCAGGCAUAUGCUGUGCCCAACGUGGAGAAGACAUUGAGGGACUAUUUUCGGUCACUGCGUAAGGGGCCAGACUAG